CUGGACGCUGGACGGCGCCCACAUUCACAUGCCAGCUUGAAGAGAGAAACACGUACGAUGGCAGAAAACGUUUUCCUAGUGGGUUUCCUCUUCAUUUGCUUCAAUUUCUCGGCGGCUCAAAUGGUUCCAGCCAUGUUCGUAUUUGGAGACUCCGUAGUAGAUGUGGGCAACAACAAUUACUUACAGCUCUCCUUUGCCAGGGCAACUCUCCCUCACUACGGCAUCGACUUUCCGACCAAAAAACCAACCGGAAGGUUUACCAACGGCAUGAAUCCUGCAGAUUUUCUUGCAGAGAAAGUGGGCUUGCCAACUUCGCCCCCAUAUCUCUCUCUGUUGAACGAAUCCAACAGGAACAACGUGUCGUUCCUAACCGGCGUUAGCUUCGCCUCCGGAGGUGCUCGAGUAUUGGAUGGCACAGACCCAUUUGUUUUGCAGUCAAUACAUUUGACACAACAAGUGGACUACUUCUCGACAGUGCAUGAAGAGGUGCAGAAACAGCUAGGAUUCUCUGGUGCAGAAAAGCUUUUCCUUAAAUCAAUCUUUGUAGUUGUGAUUGGAGGCAACGACAUCCUCGGCUACUUCAGGUCGUCUGAUCUCCGCAACAAAAUUGUCCCCCAGCAGUAUGUGGCCUCAAUGGUUCUCACACUGAAAGCAAAAUUAAAGCAUUUAUACAAUCACGGUGCACGUAAAUUUGUUAUUGUUGGGAUAGGGGCACUCGGGUGCUGCCCUUCAAGAAGGAGGGAGACCAAAAAUGAAGAAUGCAAUGAAGAAAUAAAUUACUGGAUUAUUAAGCACAAUGAAGGCCUCGUAUCAAUGUUGCAGGAAUUGAAAUCAGAUCUCAAAGAUAUAUACUACUCCUACUUUGAUACUUAUACAGUAUUGCUCAGCCUCAUUCAGAAACCAGCUGCUUAUGGAUUUGUUGAGGUUAAAGCUGCAUGUUGUGGGCUGGGGAGCCUUAAUGCCGAGAUAUUUUGCUUGCCGAUCGCAGCCUAUUGCUCCAACAGAAGUGACCACAUCUUCUUUGAUCGAGUCCAUCCCACAGAGGCAUCUUAUCGCAUCCUAGUGGAUUACAUCUUUUAUGGUCCUUUACAGUACACAUUUCCGAUGAAUAUGAGGCAGCUAGUAGCCGUUUAAGCUCGGCAAUACAAUUAGAAUUCUUUAUAUGAAGAAAGUGACUCUGGUAUGUAUGUAUCAUGUAUGUAUGAUAGAGAAUAUUAAUAGCAUGUUAUAAUUAAGU